AUGUCUAAACGAGAUAAUGAGGGCGAUGUCAUCGCAAAUCGCAUAAGUCUGCUAGAGGCAAAGGGCCAGAAACUCUUGGCGUCGCUGUAUGGGUCGCGGCCGGACUGGGGCACUGCGGAUGGUGAUGCGAAAACACAAGUUGAAGACGAUGAUCAAGACCUGAAACAAAAUUACGCUCACGACAGAAUCGGUGUCGGCGGCAUAGUUCCCAAGGAUAUCGAAGAUGGCAGCUUCACCAGCAGGAUACGAACAUCAGACGACAAACUGUUGCAACAGUUGAUUGGUAAAAAGAAAGCAAAAGCCCACAUUACUGCGAAACAAGAAGCUGCGAGGCCAAAUGCAGCCUCCAAGGCUCAACAUUACAAGAAGCUUGCUGCAAAGAAAGAAGAGUCGGACGAUGAUGAAGAGGGGAGAGCUGCGACAUUCAAAUCCAAGAGACAGAAGAAGAAGGUGAAGCAAGAAGCGAAGCUGCCGGACAGCGACGACGAAGAUGAAGAGGCGAGGGCGAAGAGGUUAGAAGGCGGUACUGUGAAAGUCGAGGAGGAAAUAUCAGAAGAGGUCGCCACAGAAGCUCAAGCAGACGCAAAACCCAUCAAGAAGGAGGAGGAGGAGGAUGAAGAAGCCGAAACCACACAAUCAGCACCCAAGAAAGCGAGGACAAAACCUAAGAGCUUCCUCGACGAGAUUCUAGCUGAGCGGUCAAAGAAGAAGAGUAAGAAGGCAAGGGCAUAG